UCUUACCGGUCGUCGGCUCUCAGAGACACACGCACGCCGAGUGCCCCGCGUUACUGCAAACAGAGCCAAACGCUCACUACACGUGCGUUCCCAGGUCGAGAUAAAUAAAAAAAUAUACAAUACUAUUUUCCCGACCAAAUAUGUUCUAAGCACGUAGCAGACGUAUCACUACAUUUCUAUUUCAAAGGGGAAAAAAAAAGAAAUGAAAAUGAUGAGAAUCGCUUUGCUCAACUUUUGCCUUUUGGGAUUGGCCGAUUACUCGUUUGGUGUGCCAUUUGGAAUCCGCAGUUUGAACGACGCUGUUUUUGCUAACCCUAUGGGAACGAAACCAUGUAAGGUCGCUGGAGUGUUUUACAACCACAGUCAAAAGAUACUGUUCACUGACCGUUGCAAAUCUUGUUUAUGCAUUGAUGGACAAAUAUUUUGCUACUGGCAAUGUGAUGAAAAUGUUACUGCGGACGAAAUGAGAGAAGCAAAUGAUGAUGAAACCCUAUCGACGUCGACGACUAACAGCUUGUUGACCAGUACAAUGGAAACGGAAGACAGUCCUAGGACGACCAGCCCCGGACCGUCUACACGUUCACCGGACUCAUCCACACAGAUAACUGCCACUGUCGGUCCCAAUAAAACGACUACCGAACCGUUUUGCCUCGUUAUGGGAGUCAAGUACAAACCGGGCAGCGUCCUGCCCAGGGACUCGGGGUCGUGCCUGGAAUGCCAGUGUGGUCAAAAUUCUCAAAUCACUUGUAACCCCAAGGACUGCAUAACGUUGAAUUCACUUAACGACCAAGACACGGCCGAACCGGAAUUCUUCGGAAACAGAAACGGCGAACAGAACAAUGAAAAUUUCAAUCUGGACAUGUUUGCCGUCAACGUUGUCUAAAUUGAACUACACUGCGUUUAUGAAAUAACUUGGAUUAUAUUAUAUUCUUUUUAUCUUUUUAACUAGGUUUUUAAAAACUAAACUAUAAACAAACAAAAAUAAUACCUAAUAACAAAUAUAUUACCAAAAGAAAAAAUCACCGUUCGUCUGCCCAUACCGUUAGAUUUUUCAAGCAAACACAAACUAAUGAAAAUUUGGUUUGACGGCAAAGCUUUGUACCGUAGUACAGGGUUAGCACACACAAAAAAACAAUAAUAAUAUCAAUAAAAAAUAUUUUCAAAAACAAAUAAACAAAAAACAAGUACAUCAUCGUUCAGCCUUGAUCUGUAUUAUUACUUAACCUUAAAAUAAGACUUGUGCAUUUAUAUUUAACUAAAACCGUUUGAAAAAUAAAAAACACGCUUUUUUUACAGUUGUCGCGAAUAGAAUAUUGAAUGAUAAAAAACUCCAACGUUAAGGGCGUUUUUAUGAUAUAAUUCCUACAUAACAUAACACGGUGUAUAAAUUACAACCAUUCCAAUAUUUGUACAUUAGCAUUAAGUAUUCUAAUGCAAAUUUUGCGAACCACCCACGUGAUACCGUUUAUCUUGAAUACAUAUAAUACACAUUAUAUAUUACACAAAGCCAAAUUCCAUGACCCGUUAUUACGUUGGAGAUUCUUGAAAAAUUCCUAAAGUUUUAGACCUACAUAACCGCGCAAACUAGAAAGUUCUUAAAACAUUUUUCAUUAUCUCAAAAAUAACCAAUUCAUAAGUCCGGUGAACCGAUACAACAGUUGGAAGUAUAAACUAUUAUUUAUUAUUAUUUUUUUUUUUUUUCUGAAACUCACAGUAAUUUUUUUAUUAAAUGCGAUAAGUAAUAUCUCGAGGCGCCAUUGCAUUUAAUAUUUAUUUGGAAACAGUAUAUUUGAGUGUUAAUUUUAUAUUUAAAUAUCAUCGCAAAGAAAAAGUUUGUGAAUUGAUCGGAAAAAAUGUUUUUUACCUUAUUAUAAUUUUUCAAUUUUGCCAACUUUUUUUUUGAAAUUUUAACUGGUAUUUACAUAACAUUGCGGACUUAGCUACAUUUUCUCUUUUUUUUACACUCAUUCAGAAACCACUAAACCCCGUAUCCGAGUCGCCGUUAACGUACCAUAUUGCCAAAAUUUGACUUUAAUUGGCAUGCAAUUGGAUACCAGAAAUAUUAAACAAGAUUCAGUCCAUAAUUGAUUAAAUUCCAAAGUUAGUUAGCCUAUACAUUGGUUCUUGUACGUAAACAAAUUAUAAUAAAAACCAUAUUUUAGUAUUAAAUAUUAAUGUAUCAUAAAAAAUAAAGUAUCGUCAUAUUUUAAAAAUAUAAAACCAUUAUAAUAUUAUAAUAAUAUAUUACUACUAAUUGAAAUUUAAAUAUCUUAUCAUUGUAAUCGAUAUUGUAUGACAAACAACACAGAAUUAGGUAACCAAAAAUACUUAGUAUUAAAAUAUAUUAUAUAUAUUAUAACUUGUAUUCCCUAUUAUAAUAAUCGUUAUUAAUUAUUAUUAUUCUACAGUUAUCAUUAU